AUGCUGGGCCUCGGGAGCACCACCCUUCUGGGCUUGAUCACAGGUGCUGCUGUGACCAUCUUGCUGUUGCUGCUGCUACUGGCCACUUGCCUGUACCAUGGCCAGCAGGACCAUGACGUGGAGAGGAAUCGUCAAGCAGCAAGGAGAAACCGAGUCCUGUGGGCUGGGCCUUGGCUCCUCCGGGGCGGGGGUCGAGGUCGAGGCCGGAGUCACAUGGGACACCUUCACCAUCCGCACCAUCCUGGCCAUGCAUCUCACAUGCUGCAUGCCGGCCUCCACCACCACCACCUGCAUCACUCUCCUCAUCACCACCACCACCCUCACCGAGGACGCCGCUGA